CAGCAAUACCCUGAAUUUGAAUCAGUGAUUUCAUUAUUGUGCAAAACAUGGAUAACAAAUACUAUUGGAAGAAACCCUUAACAUUACACGAGCUUAUGGAAGAAAUUGAAAACUUGGAUGAGUCUUACGACAUUCCUGAUACAAUUUCCAUAUUUCCCCCUUCCGAUGGCUACGAGACGGAUGAAGACUCGGGAGAUGAAGCUAAGGUAGAUAUCAAUAAUCUCCCUGGAAAUCAACUUAGGGCGGAGGCUGAGGUUAGUUUCGAAAAUAAUGACAUACUAAGUGCAGAUGGCUAUGACAGAGAGGAUGAGUUACCGUUGUCUUCGUUUCUGCAACCAAAGCACCAGAAGUUGCUCUUCGAGACAUCCACAUUCAAAAAAUCUAAACCUACUUUUACAUGGAAAAAAACUGAUAUAAAUGCUUGUCUCUCAACAUGGCAAGAAAAGCAAGGCUCGAAAAAUACUUUAUCGCCAAUAGAUCUUUUUUUCUUGUUUGUAGACGAUGAGAUAAUCGACUUGAUAAGAAACUUCACAAAUUUAUAUGCCUCUCAGCAUAACAGAUCAGGGGACGUAUCCACUGAAGAAAUUAAAUGUUUCAUUGGUAUUUUGUUACUCUCCGGAUAUUAUAAAUUUCCUAGAAGGGCUAUGUAUUGGGAGAAUGCUGAGGAUGCUGGAAGCAAGCUAGUUUAUGAAGCAAUGUCGAGGGAUCGUUUUAGUUUCAUAAUGCAAAAUCUUCACUGUAAUGACAAUACAAAGUUGACUAAAGACGACAAAUUUACCAAACUGCGCCCUCUAUUUGACACUUUGAACAAAAAAUUCCAAGCUUUUGCCCCCUUUCAAGAAUUCCACAGCCUUGACGAGUCCAUGGUGCCAUAUUAUGGUGGCCAUGGCACGAAGCAAUUCAUUCGAGGAAAACCGAUCCGCUGGGGUUACAAAUUUUGGACAGGAACUACUAGAAACGGAUAUGUUGAAUGGUUUGAACCAUACCAGGGAUCAGGGACUCAACUACCUAAGAAAUAUCAUCAUCUUGGUUUAGGUGCCAGUGUGGUUUUACAGUUUGCAGAUGUUUUACAGCUCAUAUAUAAUAACGUUCCUUAUCACAUAUUUUGUGACAACUUUUUCACGUCCAUAAUUUUACUUAUAGAGCUCGCAAAAAGAGGCAUAAAAUGUACGGGCACAAUGAGAGAAAAUCGACUUCAAAACUGCCCUCUAAAAAGCUCUAAAGCAUUGAAAAAGGAAUCACGAGGCCAAUCGAGAAAAACCGUCGUAGCACGAUCUCUGCAGAUGGAGGAAGAAAUACUAAAUUACGAGGAAUUGGAAACAAUUGGAAACAAGCACGUUGACAGUGGUACCUGA